UUCAAUUUUGGGGUUUUAAAUCAAAAAGCGCGAGAUUUUGAGAGAACCCACACAGAGACUGAUUCAUGGGUUCCAAGGAGACUUACAGAAACGAACUCAGAACAGCGAUUCGCCAACUCAGUGAUCGAUGUCUUUAUACUGCAUCAAAAUGGGCAGCAGAACAAUUAGUUGGAAUAGAACAAGAUCCAGCGAAGUUUACACCAUCACAUACAAGAUUUCAAAGAGGAAGUUCUAGUAUUCGACGAAGAUUUGGUGGUGGUGGUACAAAUGAACCACCUUUAACACCACUUGCUGGCGUCUCUUAUAUAUCAACACCAAUUCAUGAAGAAGAUGAUAAUAAUGUUGAUAAUGAUUUUUAUUUACUUGCUAAAUCUUAUUUUGAUUGUAAAGAAUAUAGAAGAGCUGCUCAUGUUCUUAGAGAUCAGACAGGGAAAAAAGCCGUCUUCUUGAGGUCUUAUUCUAUUUAUCUGGCUGGCGAAAAACGUAAAGAGGAAGAGGUUAUUGAACUGGAUGGAUCUCUAGGUAAGAGUGAUGCCGUGAAUAAUGAGCUGGUUUCUCUUGAGAGGGAGUUAUCGGCACAGCGCAAAAAUGGCACCAUUGAUCCAUUCGGGUUGUAUUUAUAUGGGGUUGUGCUGAAAGAGAAAGGCCGCAAGGAUCUUGCUAGAACAGUCUUGGUGGAGUCAGUGAACAACUAUCCUUGGAAUUGGAGUGCUUGGUCAGAGCUUCAAUGUCUGUGCACUACCAACGACAUCUUGAAGAACCUCGAUCUCAAGAACCAUUGGAUGAAAGACUUCUUCCUGGGCAGUGCAUUCCAAGAACUAAGAAUGCACACUGAUUCCUUAGCACGAUACGAACACCUCCAAAGAACUUUCCGUUUCAGCAAUUACAUCCAAGCUCAAAUUGCAAAAGCUCAGUACAGUCUAAGGGAAUUUGAGGAAGUUGAAGUGAUUUUUGAAGAACUCCUGCGAAAUGAUCCAUAUAGAGUAGAAGACAUGGAUAUGUAUUCAAACGUUCUCUAUGCAAAAGAAUGCUUCUCCGCCUUAAGUUAUCUUGCCCACAGGGUAUUCCUCACUGACAAAUACCGACCGGAAUCUUGCUGCAUCAUUGGUAAUUAUUACAGUUUGAAGGGGCAGCACGAGAAAUCUGUAAUGUACUUUAGGAGGGCAUUAAAGCUCAACAAGAACUAUUUAUCAGCUUGGACUCUGAUGGGUCACGAAUAUGUUGAGAUGAAGAAUACCCCAGCUGCUGUUGAUGCUUAUAGGAGGGCUGUGGAUAUAAACCCAUGUGAUUACCGUGCCUGGUAUGGGUUGGGACAAGCAUACGAGAUGAUGUGCAUGCCCUUUUAUGCAUUGUAUUAUUUCCGUAAAUCAGUUUAUUUGCAGCCAAGUGACUCUAGGUUGUGGAUCGCCAUGGCCCAAUGUUAUGAAACUGAACAGCUUCACAUGCUUGAGGAAGCAAUUAAGUGUUAUGAAAGAGCAGCUAACUGUAAUGAUAGAGAGGCAAUAGCACUGCAUCAGCUUGCUAAGCUGCAUCAAGAGCUAGGACGUUCUGAAAAAGCAGCAUUUUAUUAUGAGAAGGACUUGGAGAGGAUGGAAGCUGAGGAGAGGGAUGGACCUAACAUGGUAGAAGCUCUGCUUUUUCUUGCUACACACUGCAGAGCUGAAAAGAGAUUUAGGCAAGCAGAGAUUUACUGCACCAGGCUCUUGGAUUACACCGGUCCAGAAAAGGAAACAGCAAAGAGUCUUUUGCGAGGAAUGAAAAUAGCACAAUCUGGUUACCCUCCAAUGGAUACUGAGCAUUUCCCUCCGUAAUAUCAAAUAUUUAUUGCUUGAGAAUGUAAUCCCUCCCAGAAGCCUGCUGUAUUUAUUGCUUGAGAAUGUAAUCCCUCCCAGAAGCCUGCUGUGCGUUAAGCUUCAGAAUCACAGGCGGAGACCAAGUCUUCUGAAACUCACUGCGGAAGCUUAAACUAUGCCAGCUUGUGAAUUCGUUAAUUUAUCCGAUCUUCUGUUAGCUUUAUCAAUGUUAACGUUGGUUCUGGAGUAUGGCAGAGACGUGAAAGGCAUUUCUUUCAUGUGUUGUAAUAUGUAAUUUAAGGUUGCUUUUUACUUUAUUUGUCCGCGAAGCAGUUUCAGCUUUGCAUGUUCUGUAGUGCAAAAUGUACUCUGAUUUAUUGAAUUAUUUGAUGUUCUAUUCUCAA